CUCACAUGGACCUGUGUGUGAGUCACUCGGUCCGUCUGACUGUCCGACCAACGCUGCUCCUUCCUCCUGCACUCCGCUGUUUGCCUGUGAAUGUGUUAGUUUGGUGUCUUCUCGCUGUGAUUGGAUCGUGCAUCGGUGCCUGAAUGCAUCACGGGGAGGAGUGACAGUAUUAAACAGUCGCUGGAGAGAGACAGAGAGAAAGAGAGAGAGAGCACGCAAACGCAUCACGCCUGAAAGAUGUCUGGGACCUCUGCGACCACGCAGUCCGCGAAGAUGAAGAAGGACGAGUCUUUCCUGGGGAAAUUAGGAGGAACCCUGGCGCGGAAGAAAAAGUCAAAAGAAGUUAGUGAUCUUCAUGAGGAGGGGAAGAAUGCUAUCAACGCUCCGAUGCUUCCCACGGGGACAGACAUCCAUCCAGAGGACACACUGCUGGAGGAAAACGCUGAGAGGAUCAUGUUGGAUCCGACAUCACGGGAGAGUCUUAAAUUCAAAGAUCUUCUGAAGGUGCUGAUCGACUGGAUCAACAGUGAGCUGGAGGAGGAUAGGAUCAUAGUCAAAGACCUGGAAGAGGACUGUUACGACGGGCAAGUGCUGCAGAAGUUAUUCGAAAAGUUGUCAGGCAGGAAGCUGAACGUGGCCGAGGUGACCCAGUCAGAGAUUGGUCAGAAGCAGAAGCUUCAGACGGUUCUGGAGGCCGUCAACGAGCUGCUGAGGCCCCACGGCUGGACCAUCGAGUGGAGUGUGGACUCCAUCCAUUCAAAGAACCUAGUGGCGAUCGUCUAUCUGCUGGUGGCUCUCGCGAUGCACUUCCAGGCGCCCAUCAGGCUGCCCGAGCACGUUUCCGUACAAGUGGUAGUCGUCAAGAAACGAGAGGGCAUCCUGCAGACUGCUCUGGUGACCAAGGAGCUGACGAGCACCACAGAAAUGAUGAUGGGAAGAUUUGAGAGGGACGCGUUUGACACUCUGCUGGAUCACGCACCUGACAAGCUCAACGUAGUAAAAACGUCUCUCAUCACCUUCGUGAACAAACACCUGAACAAGCUGAACCUGGAAGUUACUGAGCUGGAGUCUCAGUUUGCUGAUGGGGUGUAUCUGGUGUUACUGAUGGGGCUGCUGGAGGACUACUUCGUCCCUCUGUACAACUUCUUCCUCACACCCGAGAGCUUCGAACAGAAGGUUCACAAUGUGGCGUUUGCCUUCGAGCUGAUGCAGGACGGCGGCCUGAAGAAACCCAAAGCCAGACCAGAAGAUGUCGUCAACCUGAACCUCAAGUCCACCCUCAGAGUCCUCUACAACCUGUUCACCAACUAUAAAAACUCUGACUGACUUGUUUUUUUCCAGUUCUGACCCCCUGAUAUCACUUCGAACACCUCCCUGUAUCUGCGCUGACAUUAUGCGUAAUAGUCUGGACACUGGAGCAGACCAUCCGGGACUGAAAGCCAUCAUUACGUGGGACUUAAAAAGACCCACGGGGAGCAGCCUGAAAAAGGCUCUGAAUGUUAGUAUUUUAUCUUCCCCAAAUGUCAGUAUUUAUUUAUUCCUUCCUUAAAUGUUAAUGUAACCCAGGAAACCCUGCAACCUUUAGCCUGCAUUUGAAUACACAGCCGUCACGGGAAUAAUGUAUGAGGGCAUAAUGUUAGAACUGGAAAACAUUUAUGUGUGAAACUCAACCCUGCAUCACAUAAUAUUUAAGAGAGCUGGAAGAGCUGUUAUAUAUUAUUUAGUAUCUAAAAAUGCUUUAUGUACUUUGAAAAAAGAAUAGUUUAACAUUUUGGGAAAUACACCUGUUCUCUUUCUUGAAGAUAACCACUUUCAUGUUUGUAUGCUAAUUGUAAGCUAACGUUAGAGCCAGCAGCUGGUUAGCUCAUGUUAGCAUAAAGGCUGGAAACAUGCGGAAAACUUGGUCUGGUUCUCUCAAGCUCGCUUAAUACUUUAUAUCUUUUUUUUUGUUUGUUUAAUCCAAUUUAAAAACCAACCUGUUGAAAUGUCAAGUAGCUACAGAAGCAGCAGAGAAGUCUUAUGGUGCACCAGAUAGAGGUCGUGCUUAUUUUAUGCCUUUUAAGGGUUAUUCACUUACUCAAAACCUCAUUAAACCCACACUUUACUGUAAAAAACUACAGUAACACACAGAUAUUGCCUUCGGAUAAUCUUCAUGUAUUCAAGGGAAAAAUGCAUUAUCUAACAGUAUUAUCUAGGCUAGGCUAAAAGACUUAGCUUUCUUGUUCAUUUUAACUACGUUUUGAUUAUUAUAUGUCACUACCAUAUUAAAAUGACUGUUUCAUACAGCUGAUAAAAAA